GGAAUAGAAAUACAUCGAUAACAUAAGUUCCAAUAAAUUGAGAGUUUAGAAAAUUAUUAAAUGAAAAACGAAAUUAGAAUUAAAGGAAAAAAUGUGAUGAAUUAAAAAGUUAAAUGAAGUUUAUAAAAAUUUCCAAGGCACCAAAUAUCAAGCAGCCUGAGUGAUUUUUCCACAUCAUUGUAUUAGCGCAGUUCUUUCAAGCAUAUUCAAACAACACAUGAUGAAAGAAGAAGAGGAAAUUGAAGGCGGCAUAAAUAUUCUUUUGAUUAUAACGGUGGUGAUAGGAACAACAUUGAUGACUUCGCUGAUUGUUUGCUAUAUUUGCGUAUUUCGUUCGCUGUGCUGUCCGUCAGAUGAAGAGAUUGAACGCGCUCACAGUAUGAUGAGACGAGGCAGUAGUCGAAGGCGAUUCAACCGACCAUCAAUGCUUGAAACGAACGUUUCAAGUCAACCAACAGAAGUUGAACGAAUGUAG